AGUAAUAAACAUUAUAUUAAAAUUUAAAAUUUAAAAUAAAAAUAUUUUGAAGUUGCGACAGUGUGGAGGAAGAUUAAAUAUUGAAUUUCGGUGAAGAUAGUACUUUUAUAAUCACCGUCGUGUUGAGUUGUCGGAAAAAGACAGAAAAUGAAUAAAAGAAGGGAACCCUCCCUCUGUAUAAAAGAGAUAAAUCGAAAAAGAAGAGAAGAAGAAGAAGAAGAAAAUAGAAAGAGAUGGGUGCAGAAGCAAACGGCGGCGAGAAGCAACUGAAAUUUCUGAUCUACGGUCGAACCGGUUGGAUUGGUGGUUUGCUGGGUAAGCUGUGCGAAGAGCGAGGCAUCGAAUACGAGUACGGAAGCGGGAGACUGGAGAACCGGUUGUCAUUGGAGGCGGACAUAACGGCGGUGAAGCCCAGCCACGUGUUCAACGCCGCCGGAGUGACCGGCAGGCCGAAUGUGGACUGGUGCGAAUCUCACAAGCUUGAAACCAUCCGCACCAACGUCGUCGGCACUCUCACCCUGGCCGACGUCUGCCGUCAAAACAACCUCAUUCUCAUUAACUACGCCACCGGCUGCAUCUUCGAGUACGACUCCUCCCACACCGUCCGAUCAGGCAUUGCCUUCAAGGAACACGAUACUCCCAACUUCACCGGAUCCUUCUACUCCAAGACAAAGGCCAUGGUGGAGGAUCUGCUUCGGAACUACGACAACGUCUGCACCUUGCGUGUGAGGAUGCCCAUUUCCUCGGAUUUGUCGAACCCUCGCAAUUUCAUCACCAAGAUCACUCGAUACCACAAGGUUGUCGACAUUCCCAACUCCAUGACCGUACUCGACGAGCUCAUCCCGAUCUCGGUGGAGAUGGCGAAGAGGAAUCUGACUGGGAUCUGGAACUUCACCAACCCUGGAGUGGUUAGCCACAACGAGAUUCUGGAGAUGUACAGAGAAUACGUGGAUCCCAGUUUCAGUUGGAAGAACUUCAGUUUGGAGGAGCAGGCUAAGGUGAUUGUUGCUCCCAGAAGCAACAACGAGCUUGAUGCCUCUAAGUUGAAGAAGGAGUUUCCUCAUCUUCUCUCCAUCAAGGACUCCCUCCUUAAAUACGUCUUUCACCCCAAUUCCAAGAACCCUAAACUCCUCGUUUAACGUUCUUAGUUUUCAGAUCUUGUGUUGUUGUUGUUGCUGCAUGUCAUUUUCAAUCUAUCUUCUAUUUCUUUCUCCACGUAUCCUAUCAUUCGAGUCUAGUUCACUAUUUACGGAUCAUUUUUGUGUUUGUUUCUGACACACUGCAUGAUGCAUUAGCUGCCAACUGCUGGAUAUUUUUUAAAUAUAU